AUGGUUCGAACUUCGCUGGUCUCGGCCCUCGCAACUCUGGGUCUCGUCUCUGGCGAAACAGUCCAUGUAAACGUUGCCAGAGCGCCCCCGGCAUCAUCGAGCCCUCCCAUUUCACUUGACUUUCACUCGUUCUCCAUUGAGUUUGCAUUUUUAGUUGACUUUCAAGGAAACAAGUCUCAUCCCAACAAGUUUACCAACAACCUCUUGGCCAACCUGAGAGCCUUCAAUGGGGACGUACCCCAAAUUCUCCGCAUUGGAGGAAAUACUCAAGACCAUGUCACCUACGUCCCUGAUCAACAAGAGCAGAUCAUUAACUUCUGGGACCCGUCCUACAAUUCUGAUCAGCCACGCAAUUCCUCCAUUGGACCGACCUUCUGGGAGGCAUUCACUGCCAUUGAAGGUACGAAGUACAUCUUUGGACUCAAUUUUUACAAGAACGACUCUACAUAUCUUGAGAAUCUUAGAGGACAGGUCUCAGAGUCCCUGAAGCAGAUCCCUGCUGAUAGGCUGCACUUGUUCGAGAUUGGCAACGAGAAUGAUUACGGCGCAUUGUCUGGGUUCCGACCCCCCACAUGGACCCAGGAGGACUGGGUUGAAGAGUGGGUUGAUCGCUCGCGACAUAUUCAGACUCCGGACAAGUCUCUUCGUUUCUUUGCUCCUUCAACAUGCUGCUAUAACAUCUCGACGCCUUAUUCCUUCUUCUCCCCGUGGACCAUCUGGAACAGCACUUUUCACUAUGACCGAGAUGGUUGGAUUGCAGAGGUAUCCCAGCACGGGUAUGUCUCUGGAACAGGCCAGAACCCGACUCUACAAGGUACUCUCAUGAACCAUACAAGUGUGGUGAUUAAUGGAACCGUCCAUCAAUCGCUUUGCAAGCUUAAUCACGACGCUGGUCGCAUUUACACCCUCGGCGAAACCAACAGCGUCUCUGGCCAAGGUGCCUUUGGCGUCUCCAACGUGUUUGGCUCUGCUCUGUUCGUUGUCGACUACGAGCUCUACUAUGCAUCUUUUGGCGUAAAUCGCAUGCAUAUGCAUCAAGGAACAGGCUAUCGCUACGGCGCCUGGCUGCCCAUUGCUCAGAACGGAACCGGCCCAUCGACAAACCCUCCCUAUUACGGCCAUGUCAUGGUCUCCAAGUUCAUCGGAGCCCACCCCAACACGAGAAUCAACAACAUUGAUUUGGGCAGCGAUUUUUAUUCCGCAUAUGCAGCCUAUGAAGGCAAUCGAUUGGCGCGCGUGGUUAUCCUCAACCUACACGAAUGGAACCCUGCGAGCAGUGCUGAAGCUGAAGCGUCCAGAGCGCCAACCGCGACUUUCACCAUCAGCACCGGCAAUAGAGGAAUCAAAUAUGCCACUGUUGAGCUGAUGACGGCUCCGGGCGCGCUUUCGGAGACGAACAUCACGGUCGCUGGACUGAGUUACGAUUACGACCUGGCAGAAGGAAUGCCCGUGAGAGUGGCGAAACAGUAUGAGAGCGUGCUUCGGCCGAACAGCAAGGGUGAUAUCACGGUUCAAGUCAGGCAUUCGCAAGCGGUUCUUUUGACGUUCAAGUAG